UCCGCCGGGAAAACUUGGGCGCCACGGCCCCCGGCCGGCCCGCACCUGGCUGCGGCCCGUGGGUGCGGGAGGGAGGCCCCGCGGGGGCGGCGGGGACCCGGCCCGCGCCCUCCCGGCUCCGCCCGAGUCCUGGCCGCGCCCGCCCCGGCCGCACGCAGCCCUCGGGCCCUAGUUCUUGCCUCUUCUCCCCCGUGAAAUGGAAGAGCGGCGCACCGGGGCGUUGGGGGCACCGGGAACAGCGCCAGGUGUCGCGGAGCCCCCGCCCUGGUCUCAGAAUGAAGACAUUCAAAUGUUGUUUUAAAUACCCAGCACAGCAGAAAGUUUUUAUCUUAUUUGUAACUCUGUGGCUGUUCUCCUUGCUGAAGCUUCUAAAUGUGAGAAGCCUCCUCUUCCCUCAGAGAGGCAUUUACUUGGUUGAAGCCUUCCUGAGUACCUCGCCUUUUGUAAGGAACAGAUACACCAAUGUGAAGAAUGAAGUCCAGUAUGAAGUUAACUGUUCAGGUAUCUAUGAACAGGCACCUUUGGAAAUUGGCAAGAGCCUGGAAAUAAGAAGGAAAGACAUCAUUGACUUGGAUGAUGAGGAUGUUGUGGCAAUAACGAGUGAUUGUGACGUUUAUCAAUCCCUAAGAGGGUACCAUCAAAAGCCUGUUUCAAGGGAAGAGAAGAGCUUCCCAAUAGCCUAUUCUUUGGUUGUUCAUAAAGACGCCAUUAUGGUUGAAAGGCUACUCCAUGCUAUAUACAACCAGCACAAUAUCUACUGCAUCCAUUAUGACCACAAGUCACCUGAUACCUUCAAAUUUGCCAUGAACAAUUUAGCUAAGUGCUUCUCCAAUGUUUUCAUUGCCUCCAAAUUAGAGACAGUGCAAUAUGCACACAUUUCCAGACUCCAAGCUGAUUUGAAUUGCUUAUCUGACCUCCUCAAGUCCUCAGUUCAGUGGAAAUAUGUUAUCAAUCUGUGUGGGCAAGAUUUUCCUUUGAAGUCAAGCUUUGAAUUAGUGUCAGAGUUGAAGAAACUCAAUGGAGCAAAUAUGUUAGAAACAGUGAAACCCCCUAACAGUAAAAUGGAAAGAUUCACUUAUCACCAUGAACUCAGACAAGUGCCUUAUGAAUAUGUGAAGCUACCGAUAAGGACAAACAUCUCCAAGGAAGCCCCCCCUCAUAACAUUGAGAUAUUCGUUGGCAGUGCUUAUUUUGUUUUAAGUCGAGCAUUUGUUAAAUAUAUUUUCAACAACUCCCUGGUUAAAGACUUUUUUGUCUGGUCUAAAGAUACAUACUCGCCUGAUGAACAUUUUUGGGCUACCUUAAUUCGAGUACCAGGAAUACCUGGGGAGAUUUCUAGGUCAGCCCAGGAUGUGUCUGACUUACAGAGUAAGACCCGCCUUGUCAAGUGGAAUUAUCAUGAAGGCCUUUUGUACCCCCGUUGUACUGGCUCCCACCUUCGAAGUGUGUGUAUCUUUGGAGCAGCAGAAUUAAGGUGGCUUAUAAAUGAAGGACAUUGGUUUGCUAAUAAAUUUGACUCUAAAGUGGACCCCAUCUUGAUUAAAUGCUUGGCAGAAAAGCUUGAGGAGCAACAGAGACAAUGGAUUACCUGGUCUUCAAAAAAGUUAUUUAUGGCCAAAAAUCCCAUGAUCGCAUCAUGAUAAAAUCAUGAUAGAAAUAAGGUAUCUGAUAAACAGAGCUAAUAUGGACUUAUGUGCUAUACCAGGCCCAGUACCAUUCGAACUUAAUCUUCUCGUAGUUUGAGGGCCAUCCAAAAUUACAUGCACAAAGGCGACAAGUAACCUGCAUUUGGUUGGGUGUUUUUAUGUUUGUUUUUCCUUGUAAUCGUAUGGAGCUAAAUCAGAAAUCUAAAAGUCAGUCAUCAGAUAGUUACUGAGCUCCAACUGUAUGCCAGGUACUUUUACAGAAUGUUAGGAAUUAAAUCCAAGUUGUAAUGAGUUAGACAGGCCUUCAAGGCUUGCCAUAGUCACAUGGCAACCUUAAUAUCUUAAGUUUUCCACAUAGCGAUCAAGAUUCUACUAAAAAGCUGUUGGAGUGUGGGAUAAUCACAUAACCACUAAAACCACCAACUUCAGGAUAGUGUUUAAGUAUGAUGACCAACACUUCACUGUCUCUUAAUUCAACUCCCUAGACUUUUAACCGUUACUAGAAGGAGAAACUCCACUACCUCAGGAGAAUCGUCCAAUUUCCUGCUUACCAAAGCAUAAUUUACCUUUUAGUGCCUCACUCUUUCAACUCAGAGUCAGAAGACUCUGUUGGCGGGGCAUUUAUAGUGUAGGAUGUUAGAGAAGCUGGGUAGGGGGCAAGGGGAUUGGGACAGGUGGUGCCUGAAGACCAAGAGGGAUUUAUAGGACUUUUGCAUCAUGUUACACGAUGGUUUCAUGAAUGGUCUCCUUUUUAAUUCAAUGAAUUCUUUAAAACACAUUUACUGAUUCAAAAUAAGAACUUGAUUAAUAGCUCAAAGUAUCACACUCCUAAACUUUAAACCUAAAUCUUCUAGCUUAUAGAUUAUCAUUUUAUGUAAGUUGUUUACAAUGGAAUUAGUAUAAUUUUGUUUUAUGGAACCAGUAGGCUAAGAGUCACUGAAUUUUCUCAAAAUGGUUGUGUAAAAUAUGACAGCUUUUUAAGUUAGCUAUUAUGGUAACUUUAAAAUUUCUGCUUACAUCUCCAGUAACUAUCCAAGUAGAAUCCAAACUUAAAUUUAUGAAAGCUCUAAGCACGCUGAAGUCAUUUCACCUUAGAUACAAGAGAGAAAAAGUUAACUUUCUUAAGGACUUAGCAAGAAUAUUCAUUAGUGUUAUUUUGUAAAACCACUUUAGAAAACUACCAAAUGAAACAAAUAGACAUCUAUUUUAAUGUCACUGUAUUGUGCUGGAGGGACAGGAGCAGGGUCCCGAGAGCAGGUUGUAACAUUUUUUUAUGUGUCUUAAGAGAUCGUGGAGCUCAUGUAAAAGUUUCUUGCUGAUCUUACAUUUCAGUGUCUGCCCCAGUAUCUGCAUAACAGUGUAGUAAUGAAGGCCAAAAGGAGAAACUAUUUGGAGGACUAAAGUAUUUAAGUAUUUUUUUAAUUGUCUGUGUUCUACAUGUGAAAUGCACCUUGCUUGUUUUGAAGUGUAGGAUACUGUCAAGUAGCACCACUUCUCUCCCUUUUUUCUCUGGAACCCGUUUUCUUCCUCUUUCCCCCCCACCCUCUUCAAAUUACUUCAUUCUCCAGAAAACGGCUAUGACCAAGCCUCUGUUCUUAAAAAGAAGUAACUUGGGGAUGCCUGGGUAGCUCCAUUGGUGAAGUGGCUGAGUCUUGGUUUUGGCUCAGGUCAUGAUCUCAGGGUUGUGACAUGGAGUCUCACAUGCGGCUCCAUCUCAGUGAGGAGUCUGCUUAACAUUCUCUCCCACUGCCUCUCCCCCCCAAAUAAAGAAGUCUUUUUAAAAAAUGAUAAAUAACUGUUGGAUAGAGUUAAGUUCUAUAGAAGAUAUUUACCAGUUUGUUAGCGUGUGUGACUGUGACAAGCUAAAUCAUUUUGGUCUCUAUGAACCUCAGUUUUCCUGGUCUUUAAAAUACUUGGAUAUUGGAAUGCCUGGGUGGCUCAGCGGUUGAGUGUCUGCCUUUGGCCCAGGGCAUGAUCCCGGGGUCCUGGGAUCAAAUCCCCAACGGGCCUGCUUCUCCGUCUGCCUAUGUCUCUGCCUCUC